AUGGUAGAAAAUGAAAAUCUAACUCUAAAUCAAUCAAAUAUAUGUAAUGCUACUGUGAAAGAAGAAUUCAUUAGGUCUACUAUUUCAUCACAAAAAACAAAAGUUCCAGAAAUUACAAUCAGUAGUUUUUCUCAUACUAUGAUAACAAUUUCUAUAGAACAAGAAAUUCAGAAUAAUACACCAGCUCAAAAACAGACAGCUAGUUUUAUAGAGGCUGCUGAAAAAAAUUAA